AUGGAUGUGGUGGCUAAAGAAAUGCGUGAAGGACUUCCCUGGGAGCUAAUAUAUGCAGAUGACCUUGUACUAAUGGCAAACAGUGAGGAAGAAUUGAGGGAUAAAAUUAGUAAAUGGAAGAUGACUAUGGAAGCAAAAGGCCUGAAAAUGAAUGCAUCAAAGACAAAGGUGAUGAUUGGUGGGGAAAAUCUAAAAAUGGAGGAAUCCGAUAAAGCAUGCAUUAAAGGGAUACAUAAUAAUGAUAACCUAGAAAAUGGUGGUCUGGAUAUUGGCAAUGGGUUAACCCUAGAAAAAGUGGAUAAAUUUUGUUAUUUAGGUGAUAUGCUAAACGCAGAUGGUGGUGUAGAUUCUGCCGUUGUUGCAAGGAUCAGACAAGCUUGGAUGAAGUUCAGAGAGAUGUCGUCUAUUCUUACAAAUAAAAAGUUAAAGGGGAAAGUUUACGUAAUAUGUGUAAGGAGUUGUUUAGCUUAUGGCGGCGAAAUAUGGGCAAUCACGAAGCCAAAUUAA